AAGGCAAGGAUUGGCAAAGCAAGGACAGCAUUCCUACAGUUGAAGAACAUAUGGAAUUCAAAACAACUCUCAACCAAUAUCAGAGUGAGAAUCUUCAAUACGAAUGUCAAGGCAGUUCUACUGUACGGAGCUGAAAUUUGGAGAACUACAACAACCAUCAUCAAGAAGGUGCAAGUAUUUAUAAAUAGCUGUCUUCGCAAGAUACUCAACAUCCAUUGGCCGGAUACCAUCAGCAACAGCCUUCUCUGGGAGAUAACAAACAGCUUACAUCUGAAGAGGAAAUUAGGAAAAGACACUGGAAAUGGAUAGGACAUACAUUACGCAAAUCAUCAAACUGCAUCACGAGGCAAGCCCUAACUUGGGAUUCUGAAGGUGAGCGGAAAAGAGGAAGGUCAAAGGACACAUUACGUUGGGAAAUCAAAACAGAUAUGAAAAGUAUGAAUAACAACUGGAAAGAGCUAGAAAGGAUUGCUCAGGACAGGGUUGGAUGGAGAAUGCUGGUGAGCGGCCUAUGUUCCUUCACGAGGAGUAACAGGCAUAAGUAAGUAAGUAAGUCAUAAGUAAUGCUGUAGAAGUGAUUGAUGUAUCCGAAUAUUUGAGUACACUCUCGACAUUCGAAAUCAUGAAGUUCAUUAUUCUCUCAUAUUUGCAAUUAACAGAAUUGUGUAUGUUUAACGAAGGUUACACAACAAAUUUUCAGUGAUGUUUAAACUUGAACUUUAUAUCUAUGUUAAGACUACGAAAACCAGUAUUUUAUUUACACGAUAGAAAACAGUCACCACCUGAAUGAUUGCAUAACAUUUGUUAGACCAAGUAAAUGAAACGACUUCUAAUUCAGUAUUAUGAAACAAUCUACACGUGAUUAUAAUUCUCCUACGUUCUUACGUGAAUCAACCAAACCAUAGUACACGUAAUCUUCCACUUUGUGUGAAUCCAUCAUAAUGCGAAAGUAUUCAGUGUUCAACCACGUGACAUAUUCUAUUCGAAAACGAUAAUAUUCCUAAGUGUAUCUUAACUUUGUUGCAUCCUAUCUUCGACUGGACAAAAGUUGACUGACUGAUCAAUCUAACUUACCUACACAUUCAUUGCGUGUUUCAUAUAUAUGUUGAUAUUCUACAUUGCAUUCAAUAAUUCACAGGGCGCCUCCUUGGUUUGAAUGAUGGAGAAAUUCAUGGGCCGUAGCGCUUUUCAAAACGGUUUAAAAAGAUAUUUAAUUCAAAACCAAUAUAAGAACACAGAUGAAAAGGAUUUAUGGAAGGCAUUAUCUGAAGAAUGGAAUACUCAAGGAAAUCAUUUGGACAUUGGAUUUAUUAUGGACUCUUGGACUAAACAAAGUAAUUAUCCACUAGUGAUUGUAAAGAGAAGUGGUUCGAAUGUGUUCUGUUUCGAGCAGAUACGUUACUUUCAACACUAUGGUAACAAUUCAUCUCAAACAAAUCGUGAAUACUCCUGGAGAAUACCAAUCACUUAUGGGUCAGCACAAACGGUGAACUGGACAAAUGUCGAUAUUGUGUGGAUGGUGAACAACGAAAUGAAUCAAACAAUCAACAUAAGCUCAGACGACUGGUAUUUGGUGAAUGUGAAACAAGGAGGAUUUUAUCGGGUUCACUACGCUGACAAUAACUGGGUCUUAUUAAUCAAUCAAUUGCAAAGGAAUUUCACGGCUAUUCCAGUCUUCUCACGCGCACAAAUAUUGAAUGAUUUAUUCAGUCUUGCAAAUCAACAUAUCGUACCGUAUACUCUUUUCCUGAACGCGACAAGAUAUUUAAACUACGAGGAUGAGUUUCUCGUAUGGAUAACAGCUAGUCGAGCGCUGCUUUACAUUAACAAGGUGCUUGCUCUGAAUGAGAAUUAUGAAGAUUUCCAAGCAUACUUGCGAACUCUUAUCGAUAACCGAAUUCGAUCAGCGAAUUGGUCAUUUGUUGGUGAAGGUCAAGAUCUUCCAAAGAUACGUUUUGACUAUAAUGUGAUCAAACUGGCUUGUGUAGCUGAACAUCAUCUUUGUGUGAACAAAACUUCGGAUCUCUUCAGGCGAUGGAUGUCGAAGCCCGAAACGAACCCCAUACUACCUGAUUUGAGAGACAUUACUUAUUGUACAGCUAUUCGUCAUGGUGGUCAUGAAGAAUGGAAAUUUUUAGAAAGUCAGCUGAUAUUGAAUGAAACUGUGAAUGAGAAUGAGAAUGAAAACAAGAUGCUGGCAUUAACGUGUUCUCGCGAUAAAGAAAUUAUGAAAAGCAAUUUCAUAGCAUUUCCACAAAUAUUUACUUUAAUUUCAACAGAGACAAUGACCCAAACACUAGAUGUUGCAGAAAAUUCUUGGUAUUUAUUCAACAUUAAACAAGCUGGAUUUUAUCGUGUUCAUUAUGCCGACAAUAACUGGGAACUAUUGACAGAACAGUUGUAUAAAGACCACCGUGCUAUUCCACUUCAUUCAAGAACACAAAUUUUGGAUGACUUGUUCAACUUAGCAAAUCGUGCUACUGUUUCAUACGAUGUCUACUUAAAUCUGACAAAAUAUUUGAAAAAAGAAGAUCAGUAUGUUGUAUGGGAAACGACUCGACGAGCACUAUCUUAUUUAGACCGUAUGCUUGCCAUGGACGAGAGUUAUGGAGCUUUUCAAGCAUAUUUGCGUACGCUUGUAGAUGAUCCUCUUAAAUCAGUGGACUGGACAACAAUGAAAGAAGAUAAAGAUCAUAUGAAGCAUAUGUUGCGCCUGACAUUAACUCGUCUAGCAUGUCAAGCUGAACAUCAUUCAUGCGUUAAAAUGGCUACAGAAUAUUACAGAAAUUGGAUGCUUAAUCCUUCACAAAAUUUGAUCCCACCAAGUUUAAGGCCAGCUGUUUAUUGCACAGCAAUUAGAGUCGGUGGACAAAAAGAAUGGGAGUUCCUAAAACAACGUUUAUUAGAAGUGGAUAUCAAAGAGGAUGAGAAAAAUAGUAUUUUACAGGCAUUGUCUUGUUCACGUGAUAUGUGGAUAGUAAGACUACAUUUGGAAUGGGUCAUAAAAAAUAAUCAAAAGGAUCCUCAGGAUUUAUUGGAUGCACUUUCAUCUGUGGCUUUGUAUCCUAUUGGCCAGACACUUCUAUGGGAACAUAUUCGUGAAGCGUGGAGAUUUAUAAUGAAUGAGUGUGUACUAACUGUAAUCCUUAAAAUACUAUCCAAACGUCAUUACACACUGAAUAACAUACCGGAUCAAGAAGAAGUACUUGCUAUGCAAAAUUCUGGACAAAAACUACUUGAAAAUCAUGUUCUGAAACGUGGAUUAAAUGAUUUGUUUAAAAGGUCAAAGGAAAACAUGAAAUGGACAAAAACUCAUCGUGAUGUUAUCAGUAAUUGGUUGAAUAAAAAUGUUCCCAAUACAAUCACAUUACUUUGA